GGUUAAAUACGAACACUCUGCUUUCUCUCUCUAGAAUCUCUCUCUCUUUCUUCCUACAACCCUUCUCCCGGUGCCUUCUCAUUUUCGUCUUCUUUGUCUUCCUCUGGUUCCGAUUUCGUCGUCAGACCCUAGAAGACAACAGACGACAGUCUUCCUUGAUUAAGCGUCUUCUUCGAGGCUGCUUUUCUUCGUUUUCUUCUUCUUAUUUCUUUAGUUCUUUGGCUAUUGGGUUUCAGCUUUUCUCUUUCUUGCUUCUUGGGGUUUGUCGGUUUUCUUCGAUAAUUUGGUGUUCGGGUUAGGGUGUGAUUGAUGGAUCUCCCUAACCUGACGCUCAUUCUCCGUGGGGCGCUUAGCCCGAAUCCCAAAGAGCGAUUAGCGGCUGAGGAGAGUCUCAAUCAGUUCCAGUAUACUCCACAACAUCUAGUCCGGUUGUUACAGAUCAUUGUUGAUGUUAAUUGUGAUCUAGCUGUCCGUCAAGUUGCCAGCAUUCAUUUCAAGAACUUUAUUGCUAAGAACUGGUUGCCUCAAGAGCCUGGUAAUCAGCAGAAGAUAUCAGUAGCUGAUAAAACCAUGGUCAGACAAAACCUACCGGCUUUUGUUGCGCAAGUUCCUCCUUUGCUUAGAGUCCAGCUCGGGGAGUGCAUGAAAACUAUUGUUCAUGCUGAUUAUCCUGAACAGUGGCCUACCCUACUUCCAUGGGUGAAACACAAUUUGCAAGCUCAACAAGUUUAUGGGCCCUUAUAUGUGCUUAGAAUUCUUUCAAGGAAAUAUGAGUUUAAAACAGAUGAAGAGAGGAUACCAGUACAUCUUAUUAUUGAGGAGACAUUUCCUGCUUUACUGAGCAUAUUCACGAGACUAGUUCAGUUUGUAAACCCGCCUCUGGAAGUAGCUGACCUGCUAAAACUUAUCUGCAAAAUAUUUUGGUCUUCAAUCUAUUUGGAGAUUCCUAAGCAAUUGUUCGAUCCUAAUAUAUUCAAUGCAUGGAUGCUACUAUUCUUGAACAUUCUUGAAAGGCCUGUCCCUCUGGAGGGUCAGCCAACUGAUCCGGAGCAAAGAAAGUCAUGGGGCUGGUGGAAAGUUAAGAAAUGGGCAGUCCAUAUAAUGAAUCGUUUGUACACAAGGUUUGGUGAUUUGAAGCUUUUAAAACCAGAAAACAAGGCCUUUGCUCAGAUGUUUCAAAAACAUUAUGCUGGGAAGAUCUUGGAAUGCCACUUAAAAUUAUUGAAUGUAAUACGGCAGGGUGGAUAUUUGCCUGAAAGAGUUAUUAAUCUGAUUCUCCAGUAUCUUAGUAGCAGUAUCUCAAAGAAUAGCAUGUACCAGUUGCUCCAACCACAACUUGAUGUUCUUCUUUUUGAGAUAAUAUUUCCACUCAUGUGCUUCAAUGACACUGAUGACAAGUUAUGGCAUGAGGAUCCCCAUGAAUAUAUUCGAAAGGGCUAUGAUAUAAUUGAAGACCUAUAUAGUCCUCGUACUGCUGCUAUGGACUUUGUGAGUGAGUUGGUCAGGAAGCGUGGGAAGGAUAAUCUUGAAAAAUUUCUUCUUUUUAUUGUGCAGGUCUUCCAGAGGUACAAUGAGGCCGCAGAAGGUUAUAAACCUUACCGUCAGAAAGAUGGUGCUCUUCUUGCUGUUGGAGCAUUGUGUGAUAAGUUGAAGCAAACUGAGCCUUACAGGUCUGAUUUGGAGCGCAUGCUUGUUCAACAUGUGUUUCCAGAGUUUAGAAGUCCAGUUGGUCAUCUUAGAGCCAAGGCUGCAUGGGUUGCUGGCCAAUAUGCUAAUAUCAACUUCUCUGAUGAAAACAAUUUUCGAAAUGCUUUGCAUAGCGUGGUCUCUGGGUUGCGUGAUCCAGAACUCCCAGUACGUGUGGAUUCAGUGUUUGCUCUGCGUUCUUUUGUAGAAGCUUGUAAAGAUCUAAAUGAGAUACGGCAAAUUCUUCCCCAAUUGCUUGAUGAAUUCUUUAAGCUUAUGAAUGAGGUUGAGAAUGAAGACCUUGUUUUCACUUUAGAGACUAUUGUGGACAAGUUUGGAGAAGAGAUGGCUCCAUACGCUCUUGGCUUAUGCCAGAAUCUGGCUGCUGCAUUCUGGAAAUGCAUGCAAUCUGCUGAGGCAGAUGAAGAUGCAGAUGAGUCAGGUGCACUUGCUGCUGUUGGCUGUUUGCGUGCCAUAAGCACAAUACUAGAAUCUGUGAGCAGGUUGCCUGACCUUUUUCCUCAGGUUGAACCUAUUCUAUUGCCUAUAAUGAAGAGGAUGCUGACAACAGAUGGGCAAGAUGUCUUUGAGGAAGUUUUGGAGAUCGUGUCAUAUAUGACAUUCUUCUCGCCAACAAUUUCAUUAGAAAUGUGGAGCCUUUGGCCUUUGAUGAUGGAAGCUUUGCAUGAUUGGGCUAUCGAUUUCUUUGAGAAUAUUCUUGUUCCAUUGGACAAUUUUAUUUCCCGUGGGACUGGACAUUUUCUCGCAUGUAAGGAUCCUGAUUAUCAGCAAAGCCUUUGGAUGACAAUUUCAAGUGUCAUGUCAAAUAAAAAUAUCGAUGAUCAGGACAUUGAGCCUGCUCCUAAGCUUAUUGAAGUGGUCUUCCAGAACUGCAAAGGCCAGGUUGACCAGUGGGUUGAGCCAUAUCUUAGGAUUACCAUUGAGAGACUACAACGAACACACAGAGCAUAUUUGAAAUGUCUCUUGAUGGAAGUGGUUGCAAAUGCCCUUUACUAUAAUGCAGCUUUGACACUGGGCAUACUUCAUAAACUUGGGGUUGCCAUGGAGGUUUUCAGUCUCUGGUUCCAGAUGCUGCAACAAGUAAAAAAAAGUGGUGCACCUGUCAAUUUUAAGAGGGAACAUGAUAAGAAAGUUUGCUGCUUGGGAUUAACAUCUCUUCUUGCUCUUCCACCGGGUCAUUUACCAGAUGAAUCCAUAGGACGCAUCUUUAGAGCAACCCUUGAUCUGCUUGUUGCUUACAAGGAUCAAGUUGCAGCUGCUUCAAAAGAAGAUGAGGAGGAUGGUGAUGAUGACAUGGAUGGGUUUAGGACAGAAGAUGAUGAAGAUGACGGAUCUGAUGGAGAAAUGGGUGAUGAUGCUGAGGAUGGUGAUGUUGCUGAUAGUCUUCGCCUUCAGAAGCUAGUUAGUCAGGCAAAGGGUGCACGCCCUCUUGAUGAUGAUGAUGAUGAUUCAGAUGAUGAUUUUAGUGAUGAUGAAGAGUUCCAAUCUCCAAUAGACGACAUUGACCCCUUUAUCUUCUUUGCAGACACUGUUAAAGCCUUUUCAGCUUCCGAUCCAGUAAAGUUUCAAAGUCUCAUGCAGUCCCUAGACUUCCAGUACCAGGCACGUGCCAGUGGAAUUGCUCAGCAUGCUGAACAGAGGAGAGUAGAGAUUGAGAAGGAGAAACUGGAGAAAGCAAAUGGGUCAUAAUUGGUUCACAGUUGUAAAGUUUGUGUUGCUUGUCUUCAUGUUGGUCCGAUUGUUUCUCUUAGAGAAAUAGAGACGAGUCAUAUACCCCACAGCCAUUGGUUCUUCUGCAAGGUCAGCAGAACAUGGUGGGUUCAGUCAUGGAUCUCUUGAUCCUAUUCCAGCAGCUAGGGGAAAACAAGAUGCUGCAGUGAAGAACAAGAUGUCUUGUGGUGUAAUGCACGCCACAGGUGUGAAAUGCUCUCAGGAUAAGAGCAUUUUAGCGAUUGGGGUCUGUUUUUGCUGUCAUGAGAGUUUGGUUUCUCUAUGGAGAGAAGCUCUCACUCUCUCGUUUAUAUUUUUUAUCUGCCAGUUUAUUAGGCAGAUUUGCUGCAGUCAGGUCCAGGUCUCUUGGUUUUACUGAAUCAGGAUGUUUCAGUUGUAAGAGGUGCUAUGGAGCGGGGAGAUGGGGUGUGUACUGUAUUUUUUCUUUCUAGAGAGGGAGUCGGUUUACUUUGUUUACAAGGUCUUUUGGCUCUUGAGAGAAAAGGAUUUGAGGCGUUAUUUUUGUAACUUCGAUCAUAUUAUUAUUUAUAUUCUUUUUCGUGUCCAUAA